CGUAACAACAUCAUGGCGACCCUCUGUAGAGUGCGACACCGGUGGAAGAGGAUAAAAUGUGCACACGUUUUGACGAGGAGCUUGACAGGUGACAUUUUAAUGUUUUUAUAGUGUAUUUAAAUGUGAAGAACAGGACUGGGUUAGUUAUUUAGAGAGAAAUGUUUCUGUUAGGUCUCAAAUAGCUUAAAACCAGCUGCUCUGACUGUGAUGCUGUCACUUCAUCCUCUUAAUCACUGAAAUAAACAUUAACAUAAGGUCCCAGAUAAACGGAUUAUGUCAGGAGACAACAUUUAAAAACAAUAUUUACUCUGCAUAGUAUUUCCUCUGUAAAAUUACAAUUAGAGCCACAGAUACGCUAAAUUUACCCAUAUCAGUGUCCUGGGGUGACCUCUGACAUAAUUACAUUUAAGUUUACAUCACUUUUUGAAUUAGGGGAGGGUGGGGUAAGAUGAGCCAUUUUUCAUAUUUCAGAUCACUACAUCAAGGCAAUCAUCGUUUUGUCUCUAACUAGUGUAUCUGCAUAUAUGUCAAGAUGUUGUUCAUCCCUCCAACCCAACAGAAUUAGUGUAAACAAAACUGUCUUGAUAAUAUAGCAUGCCAAAAAAAGUGGUCUCCUAUGGUCAACUUACCCCCGUGUAUGGGGUAAGUUGACCAUAGGAGCGGGGUACUCUCCACCCCAGCCCUCCCCCACCUUCUCUCUCCCUAAAUAACAGUCACCUCUUCACAUUUAUGUUUAUUUUUAUUUAUUAUACGCUAUUGAGCUGGUACAAUAAUUAUUUUUUUUAUAUAACUGCUAAAAAGCUGUUUUGUAAAAAUCCAUUUUAACAUGAGAAUGUCUUUCAGUGAUUCAGAACAUUCACAGCUGUAUUUGGUGGACUUUUAUGUUAGGUUUUUGACUUCAUGUUGUAGCUCAUAGAUACCACAAUUGAUGUGAAACAAAUUUAAAAUGAUCUUUUUUUUUGGUUUGAAAACAAUUCUAAUAAAACUUAUAACAGACUAAAUUCACUUUCAAGAGUGAAAAAUGUUUUGUUGUUUUUUUUGUAAAUGAAUGUCUAACCCCUUCACCCAUGUGCUUCUAACCUUCACAGACUCCAUGAAUCGAUGCUCAUCUCCUAAAUAUUUGGUCACAUGAUCAAUUUUCUUUUACCAUUUCGAAGCAACAGGGGGUGGCUCAACUUACCCUUUGGCUCAACUUACCCCACUCUCCCCUAUAUGUUAUGUUAUUCAACCGUGACACCACAGAUGUCAGAUGUCAGCACACUGCACAAAAAUCAUCUGUGUGAAGUCCUCUGUGUGAAAAACUGUGUGCUAUUCUUUAACAGGGAAGUUUGAUUAUGACCUGGUGGUGAUUGGCGGUGGGUCAGGAGGCCUUGCUUGCUCUAAAGAAGGUGAGAUCUUUGGACUUUCAAUCCCCUAAUCCUUAAAACUUGCACUCUAAUUUCCACAUCUCUAACCCACUUUAUGUUUUACCCACCUUUGCAGCGGCACAGUUUGGACAGAGAGUCGCUGUUUUAGAUUAUGUGGAGCCAUCUGCAAAAGGUAACAUACACUCUGUAAGCCUGUUGUGCCAUUUGAUUAAAAAAGAUGAUACUGUGAAUCAAUAGAUUAUGACUGAGGUCAAUUCAGUCUCUCUUAAAAUGCUUUCCCCAGGUACCAAGUGGGGCCUGGGAGGCACAUGUGUGAAUGUUGGCUGUAUCCCUAAGAAGCUGAUGCACCAGGCUGCUCUGCUCGGCACAGCUGUGAAGGAUGCCAAGAAAUACGGCUGGCAGAUCUCAGGGCCAGUCUGCCAUGAUUGGUAGAUCUUUUAAAACCUUUUCCUGUAAAUUCUUCUAAAUCAGCUUAAGUGAAAAAUACUCUUUAAUCAAUACAAACCUGGCCUUACUUCACCGAGAAGCUAAACAGCUCCACCUAGUGGAGAAAUGACAGAGUGGCAACAAGUCGAUUCAAAUACAUAUUAAAGUUACUAUAAAAGGUUAAAAAAUGAGCUUGAAUGUAAUUUCAGGCAUGUGGUUAGAAGCUUUGGGAUUUUUGUGAAUGAUAUAAAAAUAUUUCAAUGUAGCAGGACACUAACAGUAACUUUCAACAAUCAGAUGUGUUUAUAAAACAACUUCUGCUGUGUUUUCCAGGGCCACCAUGGCAGAGGCUGUCCAAAACCACGUCAGGUCUCUGAACUGGGGUCACAGAGUUCAGCUCCAGGACAAGUGAGUGGCACCAGCUUUAAUGAUAUUUCAUUAAAUGACAACUAAAUAGGCCAAAUUGCUCCUAUAUGAGGCAUAGCUUUGCUGGUUUUUAAGACCUAGGGUGGAUAUUUUUCAUGUCCAGUUGUACUGUAAACGUUAAAAUUCUGUCUUUAAUAAAUAAACUGCACUUCAUUUUUACCAAACCCAGCAUCUUUUGGGAUGAUGUAUUAUCCCAGCGUUCUGUAUCACGCCCUUAUUUAGGUAUAUUUUUGCUUGUUCGAGGAUAUUAAAUAUUGCUUUAAGCUGUUUAUUUCUGUUGUUGCACAGCUGAAGGGUGAUGAAUGAGCCAACCAUGUUUAAUAAGCAGCUGCUGGAGGGCAAACAGGUGCCAACCUGUACGUGAAUGUGCAUAAGCUCCACUUGAAGUGUUUUUAGUCCAAUGACACCAUUUGCCCAAAUGUUAGCACUUUAAUAAUAUGAUUUAAUUUCAAUUAGCAGACCGGCUGAGAGAAACUGGUAACCUCUAUGCAAAGCAGCCACUUUAAUCACUAAUCUAAUUUUUCAGGAGCAGCGUGGAUGUUGAAUGAACGCCCCAUAUUUAAUCAGUCAUAAUUAAGAUCAGUUUUCAAAAAGCAAUUAAGUGGUGUUUAAAAGUUUGCAUGUUAAAAUUUAAUGACGCUGUUGUUCGAGAAGAGAUUAGUGCAAUCGAGAGUGCGAGACCUAGUUAAUAAGAAAUAACAAUUAUUCAUGCCUUUAAUUAAUAUGGAUGCAAUUAGGUUUAAAUUGAGCUUCCAGCAAUCAAUUUCAAUUAAGUCUUUUCAAAAUAAAAGGACCACAUGGCAAAAGCAUUGUUAGCCUUAUGGGUGAUUAUUCAAUUAUACAACAAUGUCGGGUUUGAUAUAUUAUAGGAAAGUGAUAAAUAUGUACAGUUGUCUUCUACUGUAGACCAGAAACCGCAUUUCCUGUAUGUUUUUAUCACAGAGAAAAGUACUCAACAGUUUUUAUGAUUAUUUUUGGACUUUUUUUUUAUGCUCUCCACCCCAAAAGCUCAAACCAAAAUUGGUUAAAGGGCUUUCAGGUUUUCUGCACCCUGAACCUCGAUAUUUAACAGUUAUUUACCUCUGCUGUUUAAAAUUUAUUUACCUCUGCUGCAACAAAAAAACAUCCAGCUGUUUGUUCUUGGUUUUGCAGGAAGGUGAAGUAUCUGAAUAUGAAAGGCAGCCUGGUGGAUGAACACACUGUCAAAGGACUCACCAAAGCAGGGAAAGAGGUGCGCUGCAGAUCCACAUUAACCUCUGUUUAGUGGUGCUGCACUGUUUAAAAGUUUAGAAGGCUUUAUAAUACAUGUUUUGUACCCAUCUGUUAAUAUAAUGUAAUUCCACAUUGUCCACCCUUCUUGUCUUUACUGUAUUAACACUGCUUUAAUUCUACAUUCACAUUGUUCAGCAUUUCCUCCAUGAGUAACCUAGAAUUAAGUUUAUUUUCAAGCUUUUUAUUAAAAAUAUGUUUUCAAAUUUUCAAUUUGUUCAACUUUGCAAUCAAGUACAGCUCUAAUUUUGAAGUUAAGGAAAGUAUUUCCAUUGUCACUUUAAUGCCGUUUACUGUAAAGACCACUUACCAUCAUUUGACGUUUCCUUGUUUUUCGAAGGAUGUGAGCAAACGUCUCAUUUCCCCCUUAUCUCAUACAGACCAUCCUGACCGCCAAGAAUAUUGUGAUCGCCACAGGUGGACGGCCCAAAUAUCCCACAAAUGUGAGUAAAAAUGCUGUCAUCAAUUCUCCUUCCUACAUUUAUAGGAGGUUGUACAGAAAGAAUAAAUAUAUACAAGAAAAGCAGUACAGUAUAUACACAGUGGGGAAAAAAGUGUUGCAUUAAAACAUAGAGUGCAGGCAGGGAUGAAUAAAUACAUAAACGAGUAGAGCAGCUAGAGGAAAGUGCACAGUGUGUUCCUGUUUAUCUGCAGUAGUCUUGAUGUUUCUGCUCUCCAUGCCCCUGUCCUCCCCUCCUGACCCCUGCUGCAAACAAGCAGUACUGGAGCUCUGCUGAGUACAAACUGAAAAAAAGCAUGGUUGAGGACUUUUUUGCUGCAGACUUUUACAUUACAGACAGAUAAGUGGAUUGUUGAAUGAGAAGAAAUACUUCUGUUGACAGCUUUUCUUCUUUUUACAGAUUCCUGGAGCCAUCGAGUACGGUCUCACCAGUGAUGACAUCUUCUGGCUGAAAAAGUCACCUGGGAAAACGUAAGUUCCCCCCCACAACAUGUACCCACAUUAUGUUAGAAUGCAUCAGUCCUUCUUUCUUUCUUUCUUUCUUUCUGAGUAAAAUCAAAGAUGAAGCGCUUUAAUUACACAUCAGUACAGAUUAUACCAUGAUCUACAGGUAGUUUUUGUAUCAGUAUGAAUGCCUCGCUCUAGCUCACGGUGUAACCUUGCUCGCUGACACGACACGGCCCGCCGUCACGCACUGUAAUCAUUCAUCGGUGACAUGCAGUUUGUUUUUCUCCCUUCCUGUCAGCCUGUCUUCGCCUCAUGAUUCAGAUUAGCGGCGUGCAUCCUGACCUUUACAGAACAAGCCCUUUAAUCCAGCCAUUUAGCCGCUGUCAUCACCUGGUUAAUUGGUCCUUCCCUGAUGUUUCCUCUUGGCACAGUGUGCAGACGGUGACUCCUGAGUGUGGUAUACGUAGGCACUGGUUGUUGUUGGCUUCUCGGUGAAAGAUAAGCGGAAAUGAUUACUCUGAUUUUUUGGCUUUAUAUGUAUCCGAGGUGUCUGCACCUGGGAUUUGGAAUCUGGGAUUGUUAAGUACCUUUUCCCUUUUUUAGAUGACAGAUGGUAGUUUUUGUUUUUUAUCAAUAUGCAGCCUUUAUUUUUCCUCUUUUCCUUUUGUAUUUGGAGCCAGUAGCUCCUCCAUCAUCAAAUUCUACAUUGUGUUGUAUUUCAGUAUAGUACACACAGUUAUAGGUGUGCUAUUCGGGUGUUUGACCACUUGGUGGCAGUACAAAAUCAGUUAUAGUCAACGAAUCAACAUGAGUGCAUCCAUCCAUGAACAAUUACCCCUGUAGAAAUCACCCUUUCAACAAAACAUCUUUGUAUAUGAAGCAGAAUCACCCUUAAGAGACACCACUUGAGCUCAGGAAGCCCUUUGAUGUAAGAGGAUGACAGUAAGUGGGCUCCUCUUCCUCCCCGCAGGCUGUUAGGAGCUAGCAUUAGCUUUAGCUUCCUCUAUGGGGGUCCAGAAAAAAACACACAUGACAGCCUGAGCUGGACAUGUUGUUGUGUCACAGAGCCAUCAGCUGUGCAGGUGAGGCUCAAGCGGCCAGUGUGUGUGUGUUUGUGCAUGUGUUUGGAGAGGGUCCAGGCGAGUGACGGGCGUCUAAUGGGUAGUAAGACACACGCACACCCAGGUGACAGAUGCGGCCUCAGGGCUGAAGCCCAGAACUGACUACCAUCAUCAUACUAUCAGGAGAAAGCAGUGAGCGCGUGCCAGCAGGACUGAGAUACCGGUCCAGGGAUAGGCCAGUACUUGAAUGAGUGUGAGCGCUUUGUGUGUCUGACCUUGUGUUGUGUAACUUUCUGGGCUGAUCUUUCAGCAGCUUGUUGCGAAGCUGCACAGAUGGCUUCAGCAUAACUUCCCCAAAUUUACAAAGAAUCACAGAAUCUCUUUUGUACACAUGAACUCUGCGAAUACCAAACACAGUGUAACAAAACAUCCCACAGUGAACUACACAACCCCAGCAGACUACACAGCAGAAGAAAAUAGUAAAAGUACAAUGUCGUGUCUUACAUUGAAACAGAAAACAGAAGGUUGUUCUCCACGAUACCUGUGAACUAGUCCAAGUCGAGCCCUCUUUGUAGUAAUCAAAAGGGUGUCUCUUGUACUCCAAACUAUUGACCUGUAUCAACCUGGACUGGCUGUGCUGGACCCUUUGGAUGUGUACACUUCUAUUUUGUCAACAUUAGAAUAGAGUCUCUCUUUUUAUAACUGUAUCUUGCAAGCUUUAGAUCCCACUUUCAAAUCUGAUUGGAGAAUUUCUCUCGAGUUUCUCUUCCAAAGGUUUGAAUUUAAAUCCGUCAGUGUUCGUGUUGGCUUUGACCUUCAGGAGCUUAAGCAGCAUUUCUGAGGAAUAUUGAAGUUGGUACAAAACCACAGCAGCUACAAAGUGAUAUUCAAAUCUGGUGUUUGCUGUUGUAGUUAUUUUUGAAGGGCGGCUCAAGGUCAAUAAUAUGACACAAUGUCGAUGAGAAAACCUCCCUCCUCAGGAGCUCCUAAACACUUUUUAUCUAAAAAAUUUUUUUAAGUUUCCAUGCUGCUGAAAACAAGAGUCCAGAGUUCAAUCAGGCAGUCAUGACAUUAUGGACGAACAUCCUCUGUGAUAUUUUUCUUAUAAUCUUACAUGAAGGUUUGUCCAAAAAUAUGGAUGUAAAUCAAAGCAGGGACAGGAGUACAAUAGAUAAAAGUUUUUUAGAGUGAAAAUCUGACACUUUAAAAACUCCCUGUCAGGGAUUAUAUGCCACUAUAAAGACAGAUGCUUUUAUACUGUAUAGAUUCAUCAGUGUUAGAUGAUAUGUGUAGGUAAAGUACAUACCCUGAUUUUCUUGUUGUUGUUGUUGUUGUUGUUGAGUGGUGCACUGUUCAUAUUCUGUAAUGUUAAUCUGCUUCAACAGAUGAAACUUCCCAGUGGAAAUAAUUCAGUCGCUAAAAUUGUUAUCUUCUCAGUGUUUGGACGGUACUUCUUUUAAUAUUGACCCAAACAACAGACAGGCAUUUUUUAAUCGUACAAUCUGCUCAGUUUCUGACAGAAAUUCUCCUUUUCAUCUGUUUUAUUCAGAUGAGGGGUUUUUAUUUGAGCCCUCUUGGGUUUCAAACCCCAUCCUGCACAUAUCUGAAAGUUCAUGUUGUUAAUGUCUAAAUAUAAUAUGUGCGCAGAAGAUUUACAGUAAAAAUGUAGAAAAAGAAAUUAAGAUUUUUAGAGAAACAAUAGUACAAAAGAGGGACGGAGCGGACUGUAAAAUCCAAACGAACAUCUUUUAGACGAGCGUACACUGGAAAGAAGGAGGAGUAGGGGGAAAGUAGACGGUGUCUCAGUGAUGGAAGUGCAGAAUCAAGCUGAAGCUCGCUGAGUAAUCUUCUUUAAGCCACUUCACAAUGCGCGCUAAGAGCACCCCUUCAUUACACAGACAGACAGAAAAUGGGCAUCGGGGCUUUUAGUGGUUACUAUGAGCAGGGACCGGGGCCGGAUACGCCGCAGGCUGCCAGAACUGUCAGGUGGAGCAGACGUGAAGGAUGGAGGUCUGGGUUUGAACAGGGAGGUAAAAGCAGGCUGAGGAAGGGCCUCAUGUAUGCGGGUGACGGGCAUCACUCAGCUGACUGAUGUGUGGAUUUGAGCCCUGAACAUGGCACACCCAAUCUGCAGGGAUUAGACUAAACUCCGGCAAUUAGCUCUCCUCAGCGGUGCACAUCUCAGGGCUGGAGUGUGAUCCACCUGGACCACACACACACACACACACACACACACACACACACACACACACACACACACACACACACACACACUCUCUCACAGCUUUCAGUGUCCCCAUUUUCUACUUUUUCUUCACACAUCUUCACCUCCAUAUGAAAUGGUGAGGUUUUAUAAUUCAUCACCUCUCCAAUUCUUGGAUUUAAAGUAAACAGUUUGAGCUGGCUUUAUUUUGUUUGGCCGCAGAGUGCUUCACAAAUGAGGAAAUGUAUUUUUGCUGUAUUAUUACUCAGGCUUAGGGCUUUUCUCUGUUUGUAUUUUGCAGACUCGUCGUCGGAGCCAGUUGUAUCCUUUGUCUGCCAAUGAGCUUGUAAUAGGAGCCGCUGUGUAAAGUCUAAUGGUAAUUAGUAGAACGUUAUUAACUUCAUGAGAGAGGUGAUUCCAUUUUUCCAAAUCCAGUAUAAUAGUUUCCUUGUUUCUAAGCUGCUGUGUCUCCUUUUUGAGCUCUCUCAUUUUUGGGGGUCUUAGUUUUUAUUUCUUUUGGCCAUGCUGUAAAUGUUACUGCUCUGUGUUGUAAUCCUGAACCUGGCAUUGCUCAGAUGUGGCUCUGGAGUGUGCAGGCUUCCUCACAGGCAUCGGCUUGGAUACCACAGUGAUGAUCCGCAGCAUCGCCCUCCGUGGGUUUGACCAGGUACUACUCCUGAACUACUGUCUGCAUAUUUUGGUCGUGAUUAUGAGGUUUUUUUAAAAGUGAAUAUUCUCUGUUUUUAUCCAGCAAAUGGCAGGCCUGGUGACGGACUACAUGGAGGCUUACGGGACCAAGUUUGUGAGGAAGUGUGUCCCAAAGAGAGUGGAGAAGCUGUCCUCAGGAGCUCUGCAGGUGACAUGGAGCGACAUCAACACAGGCAGCGAACACAAGGACACCUUUGACUCCGUGUUAUGGGCAGUUGGUAAGUGUGUGUAUCUGCUUGAGUCCAUUCAUAUCGCUUGGUCUCUCUUUAUCAGGUUAUGAGACCACAUCUGCCAGUGCAAAACCGCGUUCCCCUCCCCUCCUUUGAGUGGAGGACGCAGCAUCCAUGACUCUCAGACAACACUGUGGUUUGUUUGACUCAGUCUCUCUUACAUGGACUCAGAGGACUCACUGGCAUCCAGGAUCAUGUUUAUUUAUGGAUUCCGCUCUGCAUUUGUGGAUGCCAUGACAAACCAGGUUCACAGACAUUGGCGUUUAGAUGUGAUUUUGAGCAUGCAGUGAUUUCCACUACAGAGUCAUGUCUGUUUUUGUUACAGUGCUGCCUGAGGCCCUGAAGGUUAUUGCCAUGCAUCUUUUAAUGAUAAUAUGUGCUGUAGGUGAUGAACACUCCAAAGUCUUCCUCACUAAGUGUUACAAAUUAACCUCAGUAGAUGAGAGAUGUUUUAUAUGAGCUUCACAAAACUUUUUUACUUUUUUCUUAUCCCUGCCUUAACUUUUCUAAACAUGUUACUGGUUUAAAAGUUAAAAAGAGUGUAAACUUUUCAAAAAAAUAACAUUUUUCAGUUUCAACAUUUGAUUUGUCGUCUUUAAUUUGAAUUCCUAAAUUCUCUUACCGAGAACAUCUCAGACGGCAUCUCAGCUCUGAUGGACUUGAGUUGAAAUUAUGAACCAUCAUUAUGACUGCAGGUCUUUGUGAACCCACUUUACUUACUAUAAGUAAAACUAAUUUGUUAAAUUGAUCAGGAACAGUCAACAGAACUGAACUCCUUUACUCUUCAAACCUCUCUCACAGUUACAUGUCCAGCACCUCCCCUUGGUUUUCCACAGAGAGUAUAGUCCUAAAAUAAAACCCCACGAUUUCUGUUUUUCCCUGCCGCCACUUAUUUCAUUGUCAUGCUGGAUAGAGUGCAGUGUCAGCAGAUCACAGAGGAAUCAAGGCUGAAAACAAAGUAAUAAAGUCUGAGUGAUGGGAACCACGGGGGGAAGUGUUAAUCACCCACUGCUGGCUCUCUGGCUCUCUGGCUGCAGAGGGGCAGGAUGGGGCAGGAUGCACCCAGAUACAGGGUCACCCCGUUCCCCUCUUUGUUCUCCCUCUCCGGGUCUUCCUGCUCAUGCCAGCUCUGCGGAAACCAACCCUGCAUCUGUCACUGCCAUCCCUGCCCGUGGCCCUUUGCGUGCCAUUACCAGUAGCCCUCCUCAUCCUCUUUCUCAUCUAUUUAUCCUCUCUAAUCUUUUCUAUGAGUAAUGAUGGAGGGAAAAUCCUGUCAGGGUGGCUGCCUUUAGCUUAUGUGGGUUUCAAAGACAGCUCCUGAAAACAUGACCACAAAGCUUUUCCAUUAUGAGCCGCACAGGACUGUCAGCUGAUGUUUGAGGGAGGCAGAUGAGUGCGUCCUCUCCUGCUCUAUGCGUGUGACAGCAGCGAGGAUGUGCGUGACCCUGCAGCUGAGAUGACGUUCGCGUUCCCCUCCUGUGGCUCAAUUCCCACAUCAUCUGACCGUGGGACUGAGGGUGGCAAUAUGAGCACUGAGCGCAUAGUUUAGUAGGUGUUCAGACGUAACUGAAAUGCUGGGGUCCUUGGGUUUCCUCAGUUCUUCGAAGAUUCUCCUUUUGCUUGGUUUCAGUAACAUAUAAUUCUUUGCUAACUUUACACUGUUGUUGCUUAAUCAUAGAUAUUUUCAGGUUAAUAAAUUAUGGCCUGGAUGGGAUUAUUUGGAAGCAAACAAAUUUCCUAGUGUUGCCUAAACAGAUGUUAAAAUUCCACUUACCAACUGGUAUAAGGAGGAGAAAACAGUUAAUCUGACACGGAUAGGAUUAUUUGGAGGCAACUAAUUUCCUUGUUUAGUGGUACUGAAGUGAGCAGAACUAGCACCACCUUCUUGCAGGUUAAUGUUCAUAUAACAUACAUUAGAUCUAAAGUGGAGCUGAGAAUACUGAAUGGCAAAAAAGUCUGUCUAUUUAUUUGAGUUUAGAAUAAAAUUUGCAGUAUGACUUAAUCAAGGAUAUUCAUCAGUCUGAGGUCUUUUCCUGGAAUAAGGCCUGUUUGAAAUAUACAGGCUAAAUAAUCAAUCAGAAAUCCAAUUAAAGUGAAUAGUCUCUCUCUUACAUGCUGCAGCUCUGUGAACUUAAGGACAAGCUGAACAGAAGUGAAAGAAAAUGACUUUUUUACUUUUUAAUGUAAGGAUGUGAAGUCCUAAUCAACUGGUCGACUAAUUGGUCGAUACGUGCUGAGUCGACCAAAAUCCUGAUCGGUCGAAUCAAUUUUUUUCAGCAUCAAUUUACAGUCUAUGGUUAUGGAACGUACCAAGUGCUAAUGGGGGUGUUUUCAGAGCACCCCCACAGGUAACCUCAGAACACCCCCUUGUUUUAACCAUUUUGGAUUCGCCCAACCCACUUAAUCAGCAAUGUUCUUAGAUUUGCUGAAUAUUUAUUUUUAGUUUGAGCGCUUCAACUUCCAUCUUGUUAGAUUGCCAUCUUGUUUCAACUUGUCUUUUGUGUUUAAUUGGCUUCUUGUGCUGAUAUCAGUAUAUUUUCACCCCGCUGAGCUGCGCCGUCCCCUGCCGCAAAAGGGUUUGCCAUCAGAGUCGGACACCCCCACCCCCACCCCCACCCCGAUUAGUUGAUUUUUGGUCGGAAUUUUCAGGGUUUUAGUCGACCAGGAAUUACAGCCCUAAUUUAAUGUAUGAGGUGCAUGGAAGUUAAUAUACUUUUGGAUUUGGCCAAUGACUGGCUUGCUGAUGCAGCAUAUUAGGCAGUUUGCUGUAUCAAUAUUUGAACGAUUCUGGUUCUGGUAAGUCCAUUUUCUUGAAUAUUACACUCUAAGAAGCGCUUCCUGUAGUUGCUGUAAGACGUAACACAGUAAGGAUGCUUUGUUAGCGUCACUCACGGUAUCCAUGACAGGUUUUGUUCCCAUUCUGUUCAGUGAGAACCAGCAAGAGCGUGGCCUCUGCUCUUUGAUGUAUACAAGCAGCAGUUAUGAGUACAAGGCCACUUCCCUUUACUGUGACCUUACACUGGGGGCCAGGCGGUGUCCCAGGCCUCUGCGGAGUUAUUAAAGGCCAGAGGGGACCGGGGGAACAGUAUCACCACCGUCUGUCACAUCCUCCUCCACGGCCCUGUCUGCCUCCACCUUUCCCCUGCUCCUUCCUGGCCUCAUGGCCGCUCCCCUGUCCAGGUGUGCCCGCAGAAACACACCAGGAAACAGCGGGUUUUUUUAUACAGUUCCUGUCUGUAUGUGGACAGUGGGAACAUUAGUCUUCCUCUUUGUUGCGCUCCUCUUUCCUCUAGGAUGUCAUUUUAAAGAUUCUUCUCUUUUUUAUGGCAUCUGGCUGUCUCACUUCCUGAAGGCAUCCCUGAUUGUUGAUUUUCCAUCUCAAUUACUCCGAUGGUUUUAAUCAUGAAGAUAACAGCGCAGUCAAAAAUGUUGUUAUGGAGAUGAUUUUCACUUCUAAUGCAUUGUGGGUACAUAUUAAGCCUAUACACUGAAAUCGCUUUAUAAUCUCCUAUUGUCUUAGCUUGUUUUACUCUUCAAACACACCACAGAUUGUUUCGACAUCACUCAAGCGCUCCGUUUUUUAAUCAUUAGGUCCGUUUUUGGCCAGAAAUAGAACACGUAAUCAUUUUGGAGGUCCAGUAUGAUCAUUUUCCCAAAGAAUAACACUCCCCCACACGCAUUUCUCCCCCUUUUGUCUUUGUUCAUUUGAUUGAUCAGAUAAGUAUUCAACCCUCACUCCGUCUGCUGGAGAGUUGUUGUGGCUAAUUAACCCUAGCAGCUUCCUCUUAAUGUCACAACAGGCUUUGUUCAGAUUGGCUUGAAUGUUGAACCGCAGUGUGUGUGUGUGUGUGUGUGUGUGUGUAUGCUCCAGCUUCAACCAAAUCUCUUAUCAGUCCCCGCUGUUGUUGUGUCCUGGUCGUACAAUAGAGCCGCGCUCACUGCUGUGGUAGAGCAGUGACUCAGGCUGCAGACAGGAAGGCCACAUAUGUGAAGGAAAAUUCUUUUCUUUCCAGUCAGAUUCUGCAGAUACGGCGUAUGUCGGCCAAUACUCCUGUUUUUGUUGUAACUGACGCUGAAAUUGAAUACUGUUGAAGCGGAAAACAUGAAACACAUAAUGGGUUUAGCUGCAGAAAUGUAUUCCAGUGGAAGUCGAGUCUCGGAUGGAUAAAGAUCAGUAUUAUACACCAUGUUAGAACAGUUUAUAAAGUUUGUAGGAAUAUUCUGGAUGGCUUGAAGAAGUGGCCCAGGGUUCUACCUCCACCCUCGACCAUGUGCUGCACAUCAUCCUCUACUCCUCGCUCCCAUUUCUGACUCAAUCUAGCAUCCUUUACUUUCACUGAAGACCUAAUGAUAUUGUAUGAAUUUGUUAAAAUAACAACGUUUGCGUAUUUAUUCUAACUUACCUUGUUUCUUGGGCUGUAAUCAACCAUCGAAAUUCUUGGUCGACUAAAACCCUGAUCAUUUCUUCAUGGAAAUGCAAUCCAACCGAGACGCUAAUGCAGAAGAACUACUGCAUCUGCAGUGCAAAAUGAUUAAUAUGGUGAUUAUUACUUCAAGGAAAUUAUAAAGAAAUAAUCAUAAAUGUUCUUCCUUGAGCUGCGUCACCCCGCUGUAGUCCGUAAUAGACUGUCCCGAGGAGUGAGUUGUGUUUAGUCUCUUUGCUAAAGAAAUCAGGCAAAGUUAAAAAGGUGUUUGGUGGCUAGUACUAUGGCUGGGACCCUAUAUGUCCUGUUGAUGAAGUUAGGUGCUGUUCUGAGUAUUAUUUGUGGCUUUAGAGUGGCGUUUUGGUUGAGGUUUGUUUAUGGCUCCUCAGACCGCUGUGUAUUGCUAUCGCGCAAUCGUUUCUAAAGUUGGUAUAACUAGAGAAGCAAGCGGUCGGCAACAUUCAUCUCUCAAGGGGGUGUCUAACUCGGUGUUACGGUGUGUUUGGCCCUAAAUUAAUUUUACACCUGAAUAUCCCUUUAAUACCAGUUUUGAUUCUGUAUAUAUUGACUAACUUUACAAUUUUUGCUAGCUUUCUUUACACUUCUGAGAGACACAGCUGUUCUGUAAGACCCUUUUUUAUGUUACUAACAUGUGUUUAAAAACCCUCAUUAGUCAGGAGGUGUUUGUCCUCGAGCAUUAGACAGUUAUUUCAGUAUUUUGUUGUCUCUAUCCAAAAAGGUAAGGACAUAGAAACACUCCAAUAGUUAAGUUCUGCAUGGUGCAAAUGUAUGUAUCGCUUAAAUCCACAAAAAAAUGGAAAUCAGGCACAUUAGCAAGUGACAGGUAUGUGCAGGCUGUGUGAGAGUUGUGUACGUAUAGGACAUGAAAAUAUUUGCGGUUGAACUUUUGGGAAUAUGUGACUGCUGAGUUUCACCAUCGUCUUCUUCAGCCACCCAUGCUGUGAGCGCUAAACACAUCCCUGCAGCCCCCCUUGGUCUGAAGAAGGAGGGGGGGACGUUGUUCUUCGGCUCCAGCCAGGAAAAAGGGUCUCAGGGGUUUGUUAUUUUUGCUGUCCGAUAGCAUCUACAUGGGUAGCUCAGGGCUCUGUGUUUAUUAUGCUACCCAGGCAGGUUGUGAGGAGCUGCAGAGAGGAGGGGUUGGCAGUGAGUGGUCCAUGUCCCAUCGCCAUAGAGACUCGGCGUCGACAGCAUCAGUCAGCCAUCCCCAAGGAAGUGUCAGGAAUCACACCUUUUUGGUGUCCGGGGGGUUGAUGGGAAACUGAUUCCCAGAUGCUCAUCAGUGUCUAACCUCUGUCUCAGCUGUCCAGAUGUUGCUAAUCAGUGUGUUAAUUGUGUUAAGAACCAGCACAUUAGCACUGUCACCAUGGUCAUGCUCUCAAAAAUACAUCACCUUUAUCUCUAUGCACCUACAUAUGUCCUUAAAUAGAGCAUCAAGGAGCUGCUGGCAUGUCUGCAGCUUCCUGGAUCUGCUACUUUGAGACUGAAAAUAACCAGGAUGGAUGACAGGAACACUGCACAGACAUCCGUCACCUUUGCUUGUGCCCAUAAAUGUAGCACAUGUCUCACAGCGUCAGCGGAGUAUGUUAUGCAGACUGUACAGUGAGCCUCUCUCUUCUCCUCUCCUCUCCUCUCCUGAGGUGUAAUGUAAUAUUCUCCUUGUGUUGUUUCCUCUUAUUCACUUCAGGCAGAGCCCCUGAAACCAAAGCUCUGGGCCUGGACAAGCUUGGCGUGAAACUCAACAAGGAGACGGGGAAAAUAGUUUUGGGUGCAGACGAAUCCACCUCAGUGCCGAAUAUUUUCGCUUUUGGUGACAUUGGAGAGGUAGGCACCAACUCACACAGAUGACACAGAUAGCGGACGAUAAGGUAUUACAAAAGUGUACCAAGUUUCAAUAUUACGGUUUCGUUUGAAGACACUUUUGUCUGAACCAGACUGCUGCUGCAGACUCUAUUUUACCUUUGCAACAUACUGAACUCUAGCACAUUUCACAUGGGUUGCAAAAUAUGCAGAAGAACACAUUUAUAGCAGCACAUAAUAAUCAUUUUAAUGGUAGGAUAUUUGUUUGUGUGCAUGUGAAGGAUAUACGUUUGGUAUUAUGAGUUCUGCAAAAGAAUUAGAUGAAGUAUUUGAAUCCCUCUGUCAUAUAACCAUCUGCUCUCUGACUGUGUGUGUUCUAGUCUGCAGCAGUCGUGUUAUUACUAGUUAUACCUGCAGCAUGUAAUGUCAGCGUUGUUUUUCCAACAUGACCAGCUGUGUGCUUCCUUCCUGCCUCUCAGGCCUUUUGACACACACACACAGACACACACACUCUCUCUCUCUCUUUCUCUCUCUCUCUCCCUCUCUCUCUGAUUGACAGUUCACUUUGAUGAGUCAUACUCCUCCUCAAUCUAUCUGUCAGCUUUUCACAGCAGCAGGGAAACUUUUUCAUAUAUUAUUUUUCUAAGGCAGACAGGUUCCUAUCACAAAUCGUCUAGUGCUUUGUCGGUUUUCAUCCUGGAGAAGUUUGCCAGACAUUACAUUAUGCAUAUAUGACGAAAGACUUAUAGGAACAGCAGAGCGCACACCCUACUUCAUGCAGCGGCAUCUCAGGAGAUGUUUUGGACAACAGGAUGUUCGGUGGCAAUUGAACAGGUUUUAAGUCAUGGCUUUAGAAUUGCCCUGCAGCCCUACUGUUUCCUGCACCAUCACACUCUAUGUGUGUGUGCACGUGUGUGUGUACCUGUGCCUCAAUGUGUGUGCGGCUCUCUGGCAGACAUCCACAACAAUAAAGACGAAAACACAGAAGCCAAGAUCUAAACGUGCAAGACAGUUUAAAUGUGAAGCAGUUGUGACAUUUAUGAAGUAAAACCUCAUAAACUAAUAGUUUAAAAUUUACUUUCCUGUUAAGUUCUACAUUUUUUAAAAUGGGCUGCAGCUUUUAAAGAGCGUUUUUUGUAAUUUUGUUUAAUUGUAACAUCUCCCAGGGUCGCCCUGAAUUAACCCCGACAGCCAUUAAAGCAGGAAAGCUUCUCGCACAGAGACUGGCUGGUCACAGCACCCAGCUCAUGAACUACGACAAUGUAAGAAACUCAAACACACACCACACACACGUACAGGCUGAAGAUUUUAUUUAAUUUACCAACAAUAAAAUAUAAAAUAUUCUGAAGUUUUAUGGCUGGAAAUUCGGAUCAGUCUGCUCUGCCUGUCCUCAGGAUGAGCUGUAGUUUGAGACAUGUAUAGUUUUUUUCCCCAUGUGAAUUUAAUUGAACUACUGAGUGUUAUCUCUAGCUGGCUUAAGUGCAACUGCAUUGGACAUAACACAAUAGUAUGAGAUCAUUUUAUUUUAUUGAAAAUCACAGAAAGUAACUGAAACCCUGAAAAUAAAACACAGAGAUUUAUCUGAUCAGCAGGUCCUCCCUACACAGACUCAGCCUGAUUGACCUCAGGUGCAUGAAGUCAAAGAGAAAGCAGUACAAGUGUAAAAUGAGCCUUUACGAAUAUAUAGGACUGACACACUUACACAAGUAACUUUUCAAGCCUAGUUUUGUGGUGUGUAAGUUAUCUGGAUUUGUCUCAGGUUGCCACCACAGUGUUCACCCCCCUGGAGUACGGCUGUGUGGGUCUGUCUGAGGAGGAGGCCGAGAGGCGGCAUGGAAAAGACGGCAUAGAGGUGAGAUAAAUGUGGUUGAAGUUUCAGCUGCAGCUUCAAGUUAAAUCAUGAAAAAGGACAAUUUGGUAGUUUUCUUUUUUGAAUUUCAAUUACCCUAGUUUUGUCUGAUAGGGCCCAUAAUCAUUUGGAUGUGACUUGUUGUGUAUUAUAAGUCUUGUGUAAGUUUAUGGAGUAUUUCUCUUAAAAACUAGUUAGAAUUAAAUCAUUUACAGGGAAAUAAAUCACAUUUAACAAGCCUUCUUGAUAUGUAAUUACCUUUGAAUGAGUAAUAAUCAUGUAAGAGUAAUUUGUCACACUUCAAUAGCCGAAGAGAAGCAUCGCAUUGUCUCAGAUUUGUGUUUUAACUGUGUUAGAGUUUUGUUUCUUUACUUGUAAAAUAACGGAUAAAUGCCACUCAUGCACAAAGCUAGGCUCACUGGCAGUGUUCGACAUCCAAGCAUAAUAAAAAAUACACCGAACCACAACCCCUGAACAAACACUGACACACACACCGACAAUCUAGCAGCACGCAGCUCUAUAUUUUACGUGCUUGCAUAGAACAGCGGUGUGCCAGAUGCUCGCCAACACCUGCACUCGGCUUGGAUAAAUGGUUUAGCGGCUGAGGUGGGGCUCCCGGCUGUGACUGACAGGCGAGCAGGAGGCCUGAUUGAGGUGUGUAUGGGGUGAUGACAGGCACACUGAGAUCUGAGGACGAGCCCGAGCACCGGCCUCCGACAGCUGCGCGGCCCUCACAACUUGUGUCGGCACGUCGGCCCGCUGAAUAAAACACACGCUCUCGGUGAAGGGUUUGGAAUCAGUCACCGCCGUGAACGUGAACAUAUGUCUUUUUACGCCUUUUUUUACUGCUUGUUGUUGCAGCGGCAUUGUUCGGAUAGAAAGUCAUUAGAGUGUUCCUGUAAUUUAACAAAAUAUAGUUAAUGUAGCAAAUUAGGGUCUUUAGGCUGAUACUAAAUUUAAUGUAUGUUUUACGUGGCAUCAUUGUAAACAGUGUGUGCAUCCUUGGCACCAGUGAUCUCUUAAUUUGCUUGUAAACCUCAUUCUUCAUCAUUUGCCACCCUGUAUGGUGUCGCUGAACUGUCCAUAUGGUCCUCUGAUUGUGACAGUAAAAUGUCAGCUGUUUUGAAUGCAUCAUAGUGUGCACAAGCGAAAACAAACACCAGAGCAGGGAGAUCCCAGAGGAGAGUUUGUCUGUAUAUUAAUAAUCUCAAAGAUUAUUAUAAUAAAGUGUAGCUCGCCAUGGGAAAAAUAUCAAAUCAACAGUUCGGGCUUCGGGCCAAACUAAUAUAUUUUUCAGCAUCACUUGUUUACACGAUCAGUCCUCUGUUUUGAUGUCUAAACAGAUCUACCACGCUUUCUACAAGCCUCUGGAAUUCACUGUCCCCGAGCGUGAUGCCAGCCAGUGUUACUUAAAGGUUUGUCUGAAGUUUCUUCAAAAAUUAACUUCUUUUAGUAAUAUGUUGGUGUGGGAUUGCAAAAAAAAAACUUGUAACCUGGUCUCUAUUCACCGUUCAGUCUUCUCUCCUCCUCAGGUGGUGUGUGAGCGGGGUGGAGACCAGAAGAUCCUCGGUCUACAUUUCACCGGUCCGAAUGCUGGAGAAGUCACACAGGGCUUUUCUCUGGGCUUCCAGUAAGUCAAAAUAAUCUAAAAUGAUGUUAUUCAAGGUAAAUUUGGUGGGUUUUGAUGCAUUUAAUCAGCUUUUUUAUGUGUAGAUCUAUUUUGUAUGUAAAAAAGUUUGAGGAUUAUCCUGUGUGCUGUUUCAAAACUAUCUCAGGAUAUUUCCUAUAAUUAACAAAGAAAACUGCUUUAAAAUUUAGCUAUUGGGCUUAAUUCAGCAUGUUCACAUUCACACAAACUGCUGAAAUGAUGAUUUCUGUGUAUUUUUCUAAUUGAACAAACUCAAUUAAGAAGAAAAUCACACUUAACUUAUAUGUAGAGUUGCAAUGGUCAAAAUUUAAACAUUUCAAACGAAGUCAAUAAAAAGUUAAUCAGUCUGUGAUCUAAUACUCAAUGAUAACUUAGGAUCCAGACUCAUGUCAGGCCUACAGUCCCCCCCUUUUUUUUAUAUGUAGUCUGUUAAUAAGAUCUAAUAAAUUCUGCUUGACAAGAUGUUAUUUAAAUGAUGGAUUGCCUUAUUGAAAUUCUCAAAUAUAAAACAGAUACAUUGCGUGACAAAAAAGAAAAAAAAAUCAGCUUAUGGAGGACAAGUGAGGAAACAAAAGAAGACUGAAUCUAAUCCCCAUCAUGUCAGUUUAACAGCCUGCAUCUCUUUGUGUCUGUUUGUGUCUCAGGUGUGGAGCUACAUAUUCCCACUUGUUGCAGACGGUAGGAAUCCACCCGACCUGCGCCGAGGAGCUGACCAAGGUCAACAUCACAAAGCGCUCUGGCUUAGACGCCACGGUAACCGGCUGCUGAGGUUAAGCGCCUCGGUCUCUGAACAUGUGUGAGCACACGGGGUCCCUCAGUGACAGUAGAGAGGUCAGUCUUGGUUGGUGGGUCCUGCUCUCUCUCUCUCUUUGCCCUCCUCCAUCUAUCCGGCCUUGAGAUUUAGCUGCACCUUUUGUGUAACAGGGUGCCCGCUGUCAUUUGAUAACCUGGACUAUGAUUAUAGCAUAUACAAGCCUGAUGUGAGUGUUUGCCAUGAGAGCGCAGGCUAUAGAUCAGGUCGGUGAGAGCUCUCACAGCAGAGCGAGCGUCUUUUAAAUAAACAGGCUCAUCAAUCAGGAUUAAGGUCUGUGCUCAGAGUUUUGUUGAAAUCGAGGUCCGAGCCUGAAUGUUUUUCUGAAAAUAUAUUCUACAAAUAUUGUUGUUUCUCUGGCUGUACUUCCUGUCCAUUAGUCUUGGAGGUGACACAUACCAUGCACUCCGCCCCCCCAGUGACACUGAUGGAUAGCCCCAGGGCCGUCGCCGCAGUGACACCGCCCUAUUUCCCAUGGACACACACAAACAGUCAGUGGGCUACCUGUCAGUCAGACAGCUAAGACCUGUCCUGGGAGGCCUGACUUGUCGAGGCAGCAGGCCCUGUCCUUCUUCUCUCAUGACCUUCUUUAUCCUAAAGCAAAAAGAGUACAGUGAUACUAUCAUGAUGUGCUUCAUAACUGCACUACUCAGCCUCACCCAAAGGUGGCAGUAUUGCCCUCCUGUUCUCUCCUCUCUCACCGAGCCAAGGAUGGAAGAUAGGAUAAGGUAGUCAGUGGAUAAAAACUUAAGCCUGAAUACAUUCAGGUUGCACAUUUAAUCCCUUUAAUCCCUAUAAAAGAUAUGUGCUUUUGGAUAAAGUUUGCAAGCAGAGUGGCUUUAAAGGUGCCAAACUGAUAAGGGUUAUCUGUUGUGUAUUUACAUGGAUGGCAGGUUUGGCCUAAAAGUCAUCACCCUGGGAGAUAAGGCAGGUUGUUUAUAUCAAUAAAGCAGUAAUAGACCCCCACUGUUUGCCAAAGUGCUCAACCUGCUGCCUGCACUGGACAUCUUGGGUUUAUUAAGCGGAGGAGGAGGAGGAGGACUGUUAAUAAAGUGGGUUUGCAGCAGAAAUCUGCAGAACCAAGAGGAGGCUGCUGGGCGUCGUUUAUUUUUAUUUGAAGUCUAAUCUGCUCAGGCUGAUUAAUGAUUUCGAUGAGGGGAGUGACAGUGUGCCAGGAGAUGGAGAGAGGAAAAAGAGAGAGAGAGGGGUACCAGGUUUAUUUGGACCUAAGCCAGAGAAGAGCGAGAGACGGAGCUGAGUUUCAGGCCUGGUUAGGGAGGGAAGCGGGGGAUUCCUGUGUGCUCUGUUCAGGGCCGAGGUGCUGACUGAAGGACCCUGACCUCCGCUCAGCAGGAACAGCUUGACUCUAUCACUUGGAGCACGGAGGGCUCACAUGCUGCGGCGCUGCACGGCAGGGGCCUGUGGGAGCUCAGAGCAGAGGGGUGGAGGGGAGGGAAGUAGGAUGGCCAAGAGACGGACAGAGCCAACCAGCACAACACCGAGUGGUAGCGGUGUGUUUGCCCAGAGUAAUUGAGUCUAUGUUCCUGUGCUUAACGAGCCACUUCAGAGACCUCAGGGUGGGCCCAAGGCACCGAGAGGGAAGUUAUUGAGGCCAUCAGUGUAACUGUAAUGUCUGUUUGCUUUUUACCCUCUACUUCCCUUCUCCGUUUUCUCCUCUGCUCUGUUUGUUCAUCCCAUUUUGGCUGCACACGCACAAAAUCUUACAGUAUUAUUUUAUGACCUGUAAGUCUAAUGAGGAGUUUUGUUGAUCAGCCUCGCCAUGUUAGCCGCAGCUGUGCCCUGGGGGGUCAGGGUUCAACUUUCAGGUCGGCCAGCUAAUGAUGACCUGCACUAAAACCCAAACCUGGGGAGUGCAGGCCUGAUGUCACCUGGCUACUAACUUUCGCACUUGUAAAUAGAGACGUGUAAUUUUCCAUUUAAGCUUUGUGAUACAUAAUUUAUACGUGAAGUAAUAACACACUGGAACGUACUGUGUCGCCAUUAAAGUAAUGAUGCCCGCCUGUUGAGUGUCCUGUGAUCUACUUUUAUAAUUGCAUGGAAGCUUGCAUCUGUCAUGCAGAAAAGUAACACUGCAAUACAGCCCCAAUUAAAAAUAAUCAAAACAAAAAACAAAUUUAAAUCAUUGACACUCCAUAUUUAAUUCAAAAUAGUGCAAAAACAACAUACCGAAUGUUGAAACUGAAAAAUGUCUUUGCUCAAAGCAAAUUAGAAGAAUAACUGGGUAUGAAAAGAUUAUUUCAGAGAGGCUGAGUCUCUAAGAGAGAGAAAUGAGAAGAGCUUUGUGAGUAAUAUUCCUUUAUAAAACAAUAAUUUGUGGGUUCAAUCAUCUGCAGUGUAUAACACCAUAAAAAAAAAUCAGUGCACCUGGUGAAAUCCCUUCACAAAAGUGACAAGGUCAAAACCCAAUAAUGGACGGCUGUGACCCUGCUUUUCAAACAGACAUGACUCUACAGUGGAAAUAACUGCAAAGAACCAGAAUCCCUCUCAAAUACCGUUGUCUCAUCCACUAGUGCAGGUCAAAGCUGUUUUAUGCAAAGAGCCAGCAUCCCCUCACCCUCUUUCCAGAAGAAGAAUUAAUACUUUUCUGGAUUUUGCACAACUCCGUAAAAGAAAAGAACAAAAUUUAGUCAAAAAUUUGAGUAAAUAUGAAAAAUUUCAAGUGACUUUAAAUGUAAUUAAAUGAAUUAAUCCAAGAAGGCUCAUGUGAAAGUGGCUAUUAUCCCCUUUUCGAGGUCUGUGUAGGUUUAUCUUACAACACGCUACACAGAUUUGUCUCAAUAUUGAGCGGUGUCACAAGAGGUGGUCACACUUUGACCUGGACUCCUUUCUGCUGACAGGCACCUCUGCUAUGCAGCCCUGUCACUCAACCCUCUGCACCAACAAUGGCAGAAAUUCCACUGUGUUUGUUUGGUUAAGGACAGAGCUCUCUGAAACCCCUGAACCUCCUCAGGAUCCACAGCAGCCUCACUCACCCUGAGAAUGAAGAGAGUGUCAGUCCUAACCCAGACAGAGGGAGUAAAGUUCAUCCGCCUCCUCAAGAAUACUCAGCCCCAUUUAGCAAUUGUGUCUCUUUCUGUCCCUCCACAAUGGAGCAAACAAGCUAAAUCCACCUUGAAAUGCACUUAGUAGAACAUGUCAACAUGUCAGAGUGCGCUCGGUUCUUCACUCCGUCCUAAUCCAGCCUAUUGAUCGCUGACAGUUGUCUGUGAGUCAGACAUUCACUGGGCCUUUGUCAUUUCAGGCCUUGAGUCCUUGCAGCCUUGCAGGAAGAGCAGAACCUUCAGACACACGUUCAAACACACAUGCUGGGUAUACAACCGCACGGCCGCAGCAAAAGCCUCAGGAGGAGGAGAAACCGAUACAUACCUUGUGUAAACAUUCGUGAAGAAAUAACGCUAAGAACAGAAAAGGCUCAAGCUAGGUGAGGAUUAUCCCUGAGAAAUGAAUAGGAGCCAAUUAUGACUGCUCUGUUGUACUGCCAGUAUCUGGCUCAAGGGCUGUCAGCCUGAGAUGCCUGCAGGCUUCAGAUGAGGUGCGGUGGAUGGGGAGGGGGCCGACAGACUAGUAAGCCAAGGUGAGUCUCUUAGCUGGAUUUGGUGGUUUUCUACCUCAACUGGCCUCCCAAGUUCAAGACAAUCAGCUCAAAGGAGUCACUGAAGUCAUGUGCUAAAACUAAUGGUAGGUUCACAAAAAACAGCCAUGUGAGCGUGGGUGAAGGGAUUAAGUCAGAAGCUUCUUCUGUCAUUUUGUGCACAAAUAUGCACAGUUUACAGACAAAUCUUUCUACACCAGACACUCGACAACCUUGUCACUCCCCAUCAGGAAUGCCAAGGUUGUCUCAUUUGUUUCAAAGAUUAAAAAACUACAUAUUUGAGUGUGCUACAACUUCACCAUUAGAGAGACUCAACCUCAAACAAUGAGGAAGCAUCAGUGAGGUCACCUUUUGACAGAGUGGGGUCCUGUUGGUAGCCCACUAGAGGUGAGGGCCUGUGAAAUGAGCUUAUCUGACCCCUGAUAAGAACAGGAUACCCUCAGGAAUGGUCUAAACUCAAUACACAUGGCUUCCACAUUGCUCUUAUCUGAGGAGAUGUGGGUGUUGGAAAGGAGUUAGGAGCAGCACUGUGGUUAGUUUUGGUGUAUCCUGACCAGUCGGGCCAACCACAGUCUGACGCAGAAAGCAGCAAGUAUCUGUGGCAGAUAAUAAGAUGUGCUACAAUAUAAUAGUCUGUGAUCCUGAUCCUUUUAUGCCAUGAAGGGAGCUAUUACGAUCCGCAACCUCAGCUCUUAAAUCAUUUAGUCAGGUCUUUAGUCACUCAGGAAGCAGUCUUAUUACCUCUGGAAGCUGCACUGAGAUUUAUUGAGCUGAUACUCGAAGAUGUCUGACAACAAACGGACCAAUUUCGAGUGUGUAUGUUUGCCAAAACAUGCAGAUCAGUGGAAUUGUGCUUGGCUUGUGAAAGCAUACAACUCCCUGUUUAUAUUAAAACAAGGCAACUUUGGCACUCUGCAUUUUGACUUGUAGGUACGAUUAUAUUGUUAUUGCACUCGGAGAAACCUCUGAUUCUUUGUCUGUUUGACAGGAUCCACUUUUAUUAUCAAAACAGAUGACAUAAGGUUUAGUGCUCAAUUAGUUGCAGUGUUGUUCAGAGCUGCAUGGCUUUUCAGUUGUUUAUGCUUCAUGUGUGGCCUAAAGGAGACUAGCAUACUGAAUUUGAAUGAAACUGGCUUUAAAGUUAACCUAAAACCAAGUUCAAGAACUAACCUUACAUGCAUAAUGGAGAAAAAGGAAAUAAACUGUUAUUAUAUUUUAUAUCUUAUAUUUUAACUAUGCUUGCAACUUUGCCACGCCUCUGUCUCUAUCAGUGUCCCUAACUACGACUCCUUACUCCCCACCAAGGCCACUAUAAUGUUGAACAAUUUUACUGUAAAGUGAAACUUAAACACUAAAUAACAAAUACGCACCAAGGUUAGAAUGCUAAACCAAGAAGUAUCAGCAUCAGCAGGUUAACUUUCAUAUGAACGCAGAGCAAAGAACCCCUGUGUUGACAAGUGAGGCCGGUGGAGGUGCAAAAAACUGCAGUUUCUUUACUUUCCACUAGAGGCAGCGUAAAAAGCCGAUGAAUCCCCAUGUUAAAAAUGCACAUUUACCAGCUAGAUCAAACCUGUUUGCAGGCCGGUGCAACGAACAUUUUUGGCUCAUUUAUUUGAACACCAUGCAGGUGGCAAAUUUCUUAAAAACACGUCCUUGGCAGGCAGGUGGGCUCACUGUAGCUGUUAGCUAAGAGGCUAAAGGCUCUCAACUUCACUUCUUCGCCUGUCUAACUUGAGCAAACGUUAGACUGAGUCAGCAUUUUAAAUUUGGCUCUGACCGCUUGGAAAUGAGAAGGUCGAUGACACCCAUGUUUUAAACAGACUAAGAUUGUAGCAUGUCAGCGUACUAGUGUUAGUGCAGGUUUUAGCUGUGGGGCUGUGUAGAAGAUAUUCAGUUUAUAACAAGGCUAAACUGCAAAACCAUUAUUUUCAGAAACUUUGGCCUUGGUAAUACUGGCUUUAAUGAGAUAAGGAAGUCUAGAAAAGUACACUUUAAGUAAACUUUGUGUAUCAGCAUAUUCUGUUGUUGUUCCCAGAUAAACUAGCGCAAUGUAUUUAGUUGGCUAAUGCUCCCCUGAUGCAGAGCAUUUGAAUAGGUAUUGAUUCUGUAACUAACCACACUGAUAAUAACUUUGGCUUUAGCAGUUUUCAAGACUUUCAGUAUUUAGUCACACAGAUAAAGACCCGUAAUUAUAAGGUUUCAGCAGAUAUCAUUUAAGAUAAUUCUGCAGUGAAUUGAUGAGGAUAAUUGAUUUAACAAGCUUCUGCAGCUAGCCAAACAAACGACAUCAUUACAUUUCCUAAAGCUUUCCCCGAACACCAGCAGAUCAGGGGGAGAGUCAGCAUAAACACUUGACACUUUUCCUCUGAAUGUGUGUGCUCCAGGGCUCUAGUGUUAUCAGUCUGACUCACAUCACAUAAAUCACAGAAGCUUCCAGAGCCUCCAUGGCUUCCCACUCUGCAGCGAAAAACAUCUGGCUGCAACUUUGAGGAACUGCCUGGACCUGAGCUGAGCAUGUCGCUGGCACAGAUUGCGAUUCCCGCUUACGGCCCUGCACUUAAACAUGCAAAUAAAGAUAAUGCACACGCACAGGCUGAGCUCCAGAGACGGUGCUGUCAAGUGUCAAGUGACCAGGAUGGCCUGCAUGCUGGGCUCGCCCUCUGGCUGCUGUCGAUGCCUCUCUGAUUGAUUCUGUCUUUCCUGUUUGGCUAAUAAAAGCUCUGUGGGGAACACACACACACACUCACACAUACACACAUUCUGCAUGCAGUGUGAAGCUGCUAGCGUUGCCUCUGGAGCUCACAGCUCUGCCCUGCUUGUGUUUAUUUGUUGGUCACAGAUCUGAUGAGAGAUGGCUUGCGUGGUAUGUUUUGUGUGCGGUGUGUGUGGUUGACGUGGGGGCAGGUGGGAAUGUGACUGUGUGGGUGUGUCUGCAAUAUGAGCCCUCUUGUGUACAGCUUAUUUGAAUGUCCACACAUUGUGUGUGUUUGAGUGGCAUGUUGGACACACUGAAAGACUGCAUUCAGUACACAUGAACCUUCACUAAAAAUAAAUCUGUGGAGGCCUCAAACUACCUCUGCUACGACUUUCCAAAAACAAAUUCAACUUUUCCAGACGACUCUAAAACUGGAGCGUCACUGUCACAGCCAAACUAUGGUGCACACACUCACAGAGACCAAAUAUAACCAGCUACUAAUUAGCCUUCAGAAAGGCGACCUUGGGCCUUAAUGUUAUCCUUUGUGACAAAUGAAGUAUGGGCAGCAACAUGAAGACUGCUCAUUACUCUAUGUAGAGGCCUCUGCUGAAAGAGGAGACAUGCUGUGCCUCUACAGUCACUGUUUUGGGUUCUUUUCUGUCCACCCGUAGACCUCUUCAUCAGUUUUUCUUACAAAGAUCUCUAAAGAGGAACCACUCAUGCAAUGAAUGAAGAUUUACUAGAUGUAUCUGCAAACCUAACUGGGUAAAAACAUCAAAUCAACUUUUAUUCAUGUUGAAGUGAAAUCAUGCAAAGCCACAGAGAGAAAGUGGAUCUGUACCCUGUUAGAUUUUACACAUUUUUGACAAGAUCACAAAGGAAAAUUCAUAGCCAAAAUUUUACAGUGACAAUAUCAUCAUAAAUUUUCAUCAUCCAUUUAUACAGUAAGAAAUUUUGAAGUUCCUAAAGUUCAAAUGUAUGGUUUACAAACUUUACAAUUUUUUCUAUCUUACAUUUGUGUUUACUUAUUUCCUGCAAACAAAAACUUACAACAAGCAGACUAACAUUUCUUCCACAGUGUUAACUAAAUAAAUGUAAAUGGAAACCAACAUUUUGCAACAGUGUCAACAGGCAGAGGUGGCGUGUAUCAGAAUUCUUUUACAACAAUUGAUUUGAAAUGAUGUGUGUAACUAACAAUUAUUUACUGUCGUUAGGAGGUUUUGACCAAUCAGAAUCAAGUAUCUAAAAUAGCAGGGUGAUCAUGACUUUAGGUAAGAGGCUAACAGACAAGAAAUUUAGCAGACUUUGAGUGUUGAACUGUAUGCACAGCUGAAUGUGAAGGUGUGUAUUGCCAAAUCAGUCGGUCUUAAAAAAAAUUUGUCUGGAUUUCCUUCUCCAUCAGAAUAAGGUAUUUGGAAAUAUUGUUAAAGAACACUAAAAUAGUAAGGAUUUUGUUUCACUAUUAAGAUAUUUCUUGUUGAAAAAACAACCAAAGAAAUGACUGCGUAGCUUGAAUAUAUGACAUUGAGUUUCCUCGUAUUCAUGUGGUCCUAAAAGAUGUAAGAAAGUGUGUUAUCCGUGCCUAAAGUAACUCCAACACUCGGGAUGUGUGUGUUGGAGUUAGAUCAGUGUUUGCCUGCUAUUCCCAGAGGAUGUGACCAUGAGAAACAGCUUCAUCAUUAGAGAGGAGUUUCAAAACAAAGUGAUAAGAAUAUUAACUUUAGACACGGGAAGCCUCCUCUUCUUCACUGUUCAGAGGGAGGAUGAUUUAGUGUUGCUGAUAGUGUCUUCCCUCUCCUUCCUGCUACACGCUGAUUCAUUUAUUUUCCAAAAAAAAAAAAAAAAAGGGCAGGCCAGUCACUCCUCACUGUCUCUGAGACCUCUCCAUUCACACCUGUACAGAUGCCCAAUAAAAACAUGAGCCAGGAAGGCCUCACCAUCACUUCUCAAGAUACCUGCACAUUCAACACACACUCCCAAAUGCACCAUCUCCUCCUCCUGUUCUGAUAACUUGAUGCAUACUUGUUCUCUGACACAUGGAUGCACCAAUAAGUUUCACUUCGACAUUUAGUCUUAUGACAGCCCGGUGUCACACUUAAGCUCCUGUGAGUAACUUUUGGUUUGGGUCAAUUUUAGCACCACUUAAUAGCAACGACAAUUUGACAUUUUAUCAUGAGGCCUUUGCAGCACUGACUCUCUUAUGAAGGUAGUUUAAGAACCAGGGUUUUUAGGCUUGAAGGUAGCAGCCAAGUCUGUUUAAGUGAACAGACUUGGUACAUUUGCUCUAAGAUUUUAUUAAUCUCGAGUAAAUCUGGACUUAAGAGCACUGGCUGGAGGUCCUUUCUGGACGUUUGCCUUCUGGGGUGUUCAGAUCAGUCUUCUACCUCUCCAUGAUGAGAGGGGAGCUUGCUAAAUUAAUGUAAUCAGUCUGCAUCGUUGCUCUCCCUUCUAUUUCUACCUCUUUGUGGUCUGGCUGCUGCUCAUGCUGACCCACAGCCUUUCUAAUUUGGUGAUGAGCUGUAAAGUGACCUGCCGGCCCCCAGAGCGAGGCAGCAGGAGCGAGAGUGGGAUUCCAGGGAUUUCCUUACCGCUCAGUCUCUUGGGUUGGAUGCAUGAUGGACUCUCUUCCUCGGACUCACGAGGAGACCAAGGCUCCAGCUCUUGAGUGCACCCUGGCAUUGUUUCUGGGUCCCUCCAGGCCCCCCUGGGUAAGCUGAGAUGCCAGGAAUAAUUGAUGAUGAUGUCAGCCGUGGUAUCUGUCCAGGUGAGGCAGCGGACACUUUCUCCCACCUCCUGCUGAGGGGUUACCAUCCUGUCACCUCCAUUUACACUAAUUGGUUUAAAGUCACCGAAACUCACCCUUACAUGUUUGUCAGUAGGGGUGUAUGUGUUUCAUUUAGGUAAUUAGUGAAUAAGAUACACAGCUAAUCUUCUUCCACAGAUAUUUUAUGCCUCAAAUAGUAUAAAUUGAAUCUGAUAUAUCUUAGAAGUGUAUUUUAAGUGGUUUCACAUGUGCGUAAACAUCAGGCACUGCACAGUUAGUCCAUGAUGAAGGCUGUUGACGCAAAACAUUCACGUCUGCAUGCCCCUGCCAAAGUAAGAGUACUUUUUAAAGCUGAUUUCUCAAUCUUUAGGGGCUCUUCGUUGCUUGGUCUAAUAGAUAAUUUAGUGUCUGGGCUUGACACGCUGUGCACCUUCUCCCACUGAGCCACCUGUACUCCUCAUUGUUUCAUUUCAGACUGCAGCAGGGGGACUGUCUGACUCUAAUCCACGGCCACAGAAGAGGUUUAAAACACUCUGGUUUCAUCUAAUCUUCCAGCUCAGGCCUAGCCGAGCUUGAAACCCGCUUUCUCCAUGAUAGGAAUGGACAAAUAAAGGUCUCCCCCAGCACUCUCAUGAAAGGGGCCUGUGUGCUCGGUGGAUUAGGACCCUGUGUUUUCUCUGUCUGUCCCUCUCCAUUAGACUGAGAAAGGGAUGAAAAAAUAAAGACUCUCCUGUUCCAGCAGUAUUGUGAGGCUUUGUAUGUUCUGUAGUUAGCACUCAAUCCUGCUGUUUUUGAGUAGUCGAACUAUUCAGGAGUUCAAUGUAGAAGUAUUAUGAAUAAGUUUAAUGUGGUCUACUCAACUCAGAAUUUAUACUUAAAAUGAAGCAAGCCCUGCCUCCACAAAGCAAGAGGAAUACAUAAAGGCAACAAAUACACCUCCCCAGGCUAAAUAUCAGCACCACAGAUGUGAAAAAACCUGAGUGUCAAGGUGAAAAGAGCUUCUUACAUUAUCAGGAGUUUAGCAUCCCAAUAAAAAUUUGGCUUACUGAGUAAUCGAACCAAUUUCUCUACAAGGCUUUGAGGUGUGGGCUACACUGGCCAACUUAAGUCUUACAAAAUCAAACGCCAAACUGAGACUCUGCAUGUUAAAAUUUGGCAAACUCAUUCUCUAUGUCCAACAUAAAAACUAAAUAAUACAUGCAGAGCCGGCCCAAGUGAACUAAGCGUCUGCUUAGGGCCUGCGGCCAAUAAGGGGCCCUAAGAGCAAUCAAAAAAUAAUAAUAAUAAUAUUUUUUAUUUAUUUUUUGCAUGUAUGAAUGAUGCUUUCUGUAUGAUCAAAUAUAUAUUAUUGUAAAAACAAUAUAAAGUAAAAACCUUUUAGGUCUACUGCUGAUAUAGGCCUAUGAUUCUUACUGCUGAUAUGUCAAAGCUCAGCUACUGUUAUGUGCCUUCUGCUGUGCAAUGUGCACUGAGCAUCCAAAGUGCAGGUAGUUGUGCAAAACAAUGUCGCAAAAAAGGACGAGGAGAAAAGAACGAGGAAGAAGAGAAAAAACGCCAAGAUAAAGGUUUGUUUGCAUGUCAUGGUAUGUUAAUCAAAGAGAUUUGUGAAGGUGUGUGAAUGAACAACAAUCAAUAUUAUUGGCAGAACUAGAGGGCCCCAAAAUCAAAUUUUGAUUAAAGCCCCAUUGAGGCUUGGGCCGGCUCUGAAUACAUGCAUAAAAGAAUUAGGAUGGCAUCCACCUUUGAUCAAAAUUAUCAAGAGAGCAUUUAAAUAUCUUUACCUUUUACUCUGUGACUGAUCCAAAUCAUACAGAGUCAGUUAAUGCAGCCUUGACAUUGAAGGAGACCGCCACGGCCUGAUGUGUCCCAGCACCCACUGCGCUUAGCAGGAGCUGGAAAGAGCAAAACAUCUUAACCACAUGCCAACUGUGGCAGGAAAUCAAAGAGUCACUUAAUCUGAUCUGAAACAACAAAAAAGGAUUCAGCCACAAGAACAAUACGCAGAAACUGCCAAACCUGCUGUGCCAAGACAGCACAAAACCACGCCGCACAAAUCUGAUGACACCUGUUAUAUCCACUGACAACCAUCCACACGGAUUAAAGGGUGAUGAGUGUUAACACAAUUGUCUCUUUUGUAAUCAAAAUCUUAAGUAAUCUUUAAUGUUGAAUUAUUUAUUAUAUGUUUUUUGUUCUUAUUUUGUAUCUGUAUUCUCUUUUUUCUUGUUUGCUCUGACGGUGAGAACCAGAGGGAGAGAGAGAAAGAGAGAAAGAAGGAGGCAGGGAGAUAUAUAUACUACAACAAUUGGAGCAAAAAUGUGAGCAUGUCAGUUUGAAUCUGUGACUUGAAAAAUGGGAUUUGUGCACCUGUCAUUAAGAUUUGUAAAUGUGUUAAUGUUGUGUUGUACUUGUGGAAAUAAAAUAAAUCUACAAGUACACAA